UUGUUUUGAAGUUAAAAGAGACGAAAGAAAAAAAGGAAAGCGGUCAUGCCACGACCAGGGAAAAACUCCUAUAGUGACCAGAAGCCUCCUUAUUCGUACAUCUCCCUGACGGCCAUGGCCAUCCAGAACUCCCAAGACAAGAUGCUGCCCCUGAGUGACAUCUACAAGUUCAUCAUGGACCGCUUCCCCUACUACAGGGACAACACGCAGCGCUGGCAGAACUCCCUGCGGCACAAUCUCUCCUUCAACGACUGCUUCAUCAAGAUCCCCCGGCGGCCCGACCAGCCGGGCAAGGGCAGCUUUUGGGCCCUGCACCCGGAUUGCGGCGACAUGUUCGAGAACGGUAGCUUCCUGCGCCGCCGCAAGCGCUUCAAAGUGCUGCGCGCCGAGCUGGCGGCGUGCAAGAGCUCGCCCAUGUUGCACUACUUCCACCACCAUCACCACCACCUGCAGCAGGGCGGCAAGCCGGGCCACCAGGAGCCCUCCGGUCGCCUGCCCCUCAUGCACUCGUCGCCGACGCCCUCGCACUUCCAAAGUUACGGGGGCAUCGCCUGCGCCCAGCCGGGUGGCUUUAAACACCCGUUCGCCAUCGAGAACAUCAUCAGUCGGGACUACAAGGGCGUCGUGCCCCUCACCUCGGUCAUGCACCACCUGGGCUACCCGGUGCCCCCUCAGCUGAUGACCUCCGUGUGGCCCCACGUCGGGAUGCUGUCUGAGCCUCUGGCACCGUCCCCGGAGUACGCGCCCUUUGGGGUCCCGGCAAAAAGCCUGUACCACCACCACCACCACCAUCACAGUGCCAGCGGGCCUGCGCUACCCGCGGUGCCGGUGCCGAUAAAACCCACGCCGGCACUCACGUCACACGGUCUGAGCGGAAUGUGCAUGCCGGCCUCCUCCUCCUCCUCCACCACCUCCACCUCCUCCUCAUCCCACCAAGGGGAUGCUCUGGAGGGGAAAGGCAACCUUCUACACCCGGCCCUCCUUCUGUCUUAAUCACAUGGUGGAUGACUGCGCCGCAAAAAGAGACACAAAAAAAGGUUGAACACGGUGUCAAAAAUAUUUGUAGGCGAUAGGGUAUGGUUUUGUUUGCACAGUUUAUUUAACAUUUGCGAUUUAUUAUGUAAGUACAAUCAG